UAGCAUCCUGACGUCUUCUCGGAGCACAAAGUAAAAACGCAUCUCAUCAGAGGGAUGCUGCUACAAAGCCUGAACGGAUAUUACAAGGACGGUCUUUAAACAACUCUGAGGCGUUCAGGGAAGCUUUCAUUUAAAUUCUAUGAUUUUUAAUUUGGACGGCAAUCUGUUAUUUUGUCCGCGGGAUACCGAUGGCCACCAGCAUCAGCACCAGCAGCACCGGAGGGCCGUGGAUUCAACCAGCACACCUAGCAGGCUGAGACCUUGCUCCAUUGCCUGACCUUUGACCUUCGACCCCUGCAGAAAAACAGCAGACUGAUCAUCAUGAUGCAGCCAAGAGCUGACUGAUAAGAAACCGGUAAUAAAAGCUGAAAGAUGACAGAGAGUCGGAGGAGGAGGGAGCUGAAAGACACUAAACGGGAGGAAAAGUAGGACAAAAUCCCAAAAGGAUGUGAAUGUCGCACCGACACUGACCUGUUUCUUCAUUUAAACCACCUGCAACAAGCUUCAUGAAAAACCAAAACACGUUCAGCUUCCUGCAGAAAUGUGAGAGGAAGACAGCAGCGUGAUUGUCUCUUACCAACGAAAUCUGUAAAUGUGGAGUUUAAAAUCAGAGACAGCAAUUAAGAUUGUUUCACAACAACGACCAAAUCAACACGAUUGUACGACAAACUUUUCUGGAGAGUUGUUGGAAUAAAACUUGAAUCUGUGCAGAGACUUAAUUUUCACGAUGACGCACCUCCACGCCGGCCUGAGCGCAGAGACGACGGAGAAAGCUCGUUUAGAGCUGAAUGAAAACCCUGACACACUGCAUCAGGACAUCCAGCAGGUGCGGGACAUGAUCGUGACGCGGCCGGACAUCGGUUUCCUGCGGACGGACGACGACUUCAUCUUACGCUUUCUGAGAGCAAGGAAGUUCAACCAGACGGAAACCUUCCGGCUGCUGGCCCAGUACUUUCAGUUCAGACAGCAGAACCUCGACAUGUUCCAGAGCUUCAAGGUGGACGACCCCGGAAUAAAGCGAGCUCUGAUGGACGGCUUCCCAGGUGUACUGGAGACUCCGGACCAACAUGGCCGGAAAAUCCUCAUCCUGUUUGCCUCCAACUGGGACCAGAGCAGGAACUCUUUCACAGACAUCCUGCGUGCCAUCCUCCUCUCCUUGGAGGUGCUGAUAGAGAAUCCUGAGCUUCAGAUUAAUGGAUUCAUCCUGAUUAUCGACUGGAGCAACUUCUCCUUCAAACAGGCGUCCAAACUGACGCCCAACAUCCUGAAGCUGGCCAUCGAGGGGCUGCAGGACAGUUUUCCGGCUCGGUUUGGAGGGAUCCACUUUGUGAAUCAGCCAUGGUACAUUCAUGCCAUGUACACCAUCAUCAAGCCUUUUCUUAAGGACAAGACCAGGAAAAGGAUCUUCCUCCAUGGGAACAACCUGAACUCGCUGCACCUCCUCCUGCAGCCGGAGUGUCUCCCCUCAGAGUUUGGGGGGACUCUACCUCCAUACGAUAUGGGGAUCUGGGCGAGGACGCUGCUGGGACCCGACUACAGUGAUGAAACCGAGUACACACUGACCUAUGACGCUCUGCACGUGAGGGAGAGCUGCGGGGGAGACAAGGACCUGAUGAAGAGGUCUCAGUCGGUGGUGGAACCAGGAACUCUCCGGCAAACAGACAGAGAGACCAGCACGCCGCUCCUCGCCCUGGACUGAACACACACACACACAGACACACAUACAUACACACUAGAGCCGUCACACACAACGCUUCACACACACAUCAUGUACAGACAGCAACAGACAUCCACUUUUAGAAACACAGCUGUGUAUUAAGCUGGUGGUGUCCUUUAGCAACAUGAACUGUGGCAGUGAACUUCCUGUACGCACGCACACACAAACACAGUCUGUCUCUGAGCCGUAUAAUGCCUCCCAGCUGAGCCUCUCUGCAAAAGCAGCAUCUGUCAACAACAACAAACACACACAGUCUGAAGUCUAUGUUUGUGUGUGUGUGUGUGUGUGUGUGUGUGUGUGUGUGUGUGUGUGUGUGUGUGUGUGUGUGUGUGUGUGUGUGUCACCUUCAGCUUCAAGUUUUAUUUUAGUAAUUGUCAGAAACAAGUGGGAAUGUAUGAGGAACAUUCAGUCUGUUUCUGAGUCUGAAACUUUAUUUAAACCUCAGAAACAAACGCUGACAAAAUAUAAAAUCAGAUCCAUAAAAAUGACGAAACAUUUACGGUGGGUUCCACCAACAAGGAUCUCUAGACAGAAAGCAUUUGUUGUUAAUAAUCAGUAAUAGUGUAGGGGAGAGUUUCACUCUAUUUUUCCCUUAAUCAAAAUAUUUUGAUGCCAUUGAUCCACACUGACUAAUAUGACUUUACUCAUCUAAAAGGAGGAUUAAUUAUAGUAGUUCAAAUAAAAGUUGCUAUCCUAAAUAAAGCUGUUUUAGGAGGAAGAAACCCUUGAUUUUAACCAAGAGAAAAUGUGAUUUAAAUUCAUCAAAUGGAAAAGUUUCACAUUUAUUUAGGUUUGAAUUCGUGGUGCAAUAGAAACACAUGUUUUUUAAUGACUAAAGAAGUUAAGACAACCCUUGUUGGUGAAACUCAGCCUCACAUGUUUGAAAGAGCAUCUUAUCUUUUGCUUUCUGAUCUUAAAUCUACAGUUAGUUUCAGGUAACUGACAGGGCGGCUCUAACUUCUUUAUCUACUUGCUGGAGUUUUUCCUUAAAAUAUUUAUCAAAUACUUUGUAUUUUUCUGACAUUAAUGUCCCGAUAUUCUGAAAGAGAAAGAAAUUCAUUAAAACCAAGAGAAAGACGCAUAAGAAACCUCACUUUGGUAGAAUAAUUUCACCUUUUUUCUUUCUUGUAAAAACCACAAAUCACAGGCACGUUUUUCUAAAUAAAAGCAGUGCACAUGUUGCCACAAAGCGCUAGACACGAUAACGGGAUCACAUGCAUGAAAAGUUCAAAUCUAAUAUUCUACCAGAGUGAAAUAUUUCUUUCAGAUAAAGUAUUGUGCUGUGAAGAAACCAUAGGAUGCCAAAUCAUCACCUUAACUCUCGACUGAAGUGUCGGGAAAGAUUGUUUUUAUUGAAAUCUAACUUAUUCAUAUUAUGAAGAUUGUACAUUAUUGUUAUAAGUAUUAUCACACUGCAAAAUACUGACACACUUGGCCAAUUGUAUCCUGAGAUAUUUCAAGUCUAAUUAUCAUCCUGCCCUCUAAAACAUUUCAUGUACCGCUGAGGAAAGAAAGGUUAAUGCAGGUUGAUCAUUUGACCAAAUAUCUUGGUUUAAUGUGGAGUAUUUGUACAUUAUUAAAGGCCAGUCUGUCAUGAUUGUUUGCAGUUUGACUCAUCAUCAGGGCUACACUGAUCUCCACUCGACUGUAAUGUAAUGUAUUUCCUUUCAAUGAAUGUAUUGAAGUAAACAUUUA